AUGGCGGCUGACGGUGACAACGAUUCUGCUUAUGCUGAAAGCAUCGGCGCCUACUCCGAAAAUACUGCUGCGACUUCGAGCGCCUUUGACUUUCAGUACGAAAAUGGCCGCCGUUACCAUUCCUACAAGGCUGGGCAAUACUUCGCUCCCAAUGACGAGCAGGAGCAGGAACGACUCGACCUCCUUCAUCACGUUCAAUCCAUGGUCCUUGGGGGAGAGCUCUUUAAAGCACCGAUUGGCACUCCCCAACGCGUUCUCGACAUAGGCACCGGCACUGGAAUUUGGGCGAUCCAGUUCGCCGACAAUUUCCCCAUGACAGAGGUUGCCGCCACAGAUUUAUCCCCGAUCCAGCCGACUUGGAUCCCGCCGAAUCUGCAAUUCCUCAUAGAUGACUGCGAGGUAGAGUGGGCGUUUCAGCGCCAGUUUGACUUUAUCCGCCUAGGACACAUGGGCGGCAGUAUAGCGGACUGGGGGAAGCUGUUUCAGCAGUGCAUGGAAAAUCUCAAACCCGGGGGUUGGGUGGAAGUCAUCGACUUUGAAGCAUGGGGCAGCACGGAUGACGACAGUCUUCCAGAAGAUUCAUACUGGCAUACGUGGCAAACCGAACUCACCAACGCGGCCGAGAAGUUCGGUCGCAUCAUGAACAUCAGUCCACAGAUCAAAGGUCUCGUGGACCGGGCAGGAUUCCAAGACGUGGUCCAUGAAGUCCACAAGGUUCCGCUGUCGCCAUGGCCCGAAGAUCCUCAUCAGAGAGAGCUGGGCGAGAAUAUGAAUGAGAUCAUGACCGAAGCCAUGCAGGCUUACAGUCUGGCACUGUUCACCCGGGUCCUGGGAUGGGAGCCUGCAGAGGUCGAGGUUCUCCUGGCCGGGGCGAGGAAAGACCUGAACAACCCUAAUUAUCAUUUGUACACUCGAUUACAUAUCGUGUAUGGGAGGAAGCCGUCAGUGCCGGCGCCUUAG